AUGGCCACAUCAACAGAAGCAUCUACUUGCACAACAAAUAUUUGCACACCGUCAUCAUUACAAGAGACUCUUGAAGUCUGUUGGCUUGAUAGUCACAUUUGUGAAGAUGGUCAACAUCAACAAAUAAAAUCUUAUUGUCAAAAUAUCUCGCGACUCAUUUCAAAAUGGCAAUUUUUCGAUUCUUGUGAUAAGUUCAAUGAUUAUAUUGAAAAUAAUCCCAAUAUGAAGCUGAUUUCAAUUAUGUCUGGUAGAUUUGCUCGCCAACUACUUGCACUUGUAUCAUCUAGGGAAAAUAUACAUAGUGUCUACGUUUUUACCAUCAAUAUUGAAAGAACAAAAGAAGCACUAGGCGAAGAACCAAAACUUAAAGGCGUAUUUAAUGUGGAAAAUAUGUUGUAUGCUCAACUAAAAAAUGAUUUAUCUCAGUUGUUUUGGGAAGAAGGAAAAAAAUUGGUUGCAUCCAACCGUGAUCAAGAAGCUCGUGUGUAUUUUGAUGAAGCUAAACGUUUAUCGAACAUUUGA